AUGAAUGAAGUUUAUUUGGAAGUAUAUUCUUUGACAGAAUUAUGUUUAGUUCCGAUAGAAACAAUAAUAACAUUAUUUACUGUAAAAUAUUGCAAUUCUAAAAUUAAUAUUAAGUUUGUACCAAGUGAACAAAAACCUCUUGAACGAGUAUAUACUAUAAAUAUUUCCACUUUUGUUUAUGAAGUUAUGGAUAUGAAUAAAAUUCCAUAUCCGGCACUGUCAUGUGAAUUGCCAAUUAUCGUUAUAAAUAAGACUAGUUGCAUCGCAGGGCUUUGCGCGAUUCUGCGCGAAAUAAUCAAAGAAACCACGGCAGAAUGUCGAACACAUUACUGUCGAAAGUUAUUAGGGUUCAAAGAAUCCUGUUUAAGUGCUUGUUCAGAAUCAAGCGUUUGGACGAAAUUUUGCGAGGUAGAUUUGGUACUGACUGUAAAAUUUCUACACGUGGGUGAUGCAAAACAAAGCGAGUUACCUUCCAGCAUGGCCAGAUUUGAAUAUCACAUGUCGCAACCAGCUAGGCUGCACAAUCUGUAUAAAUAUACCAGGUCGAAAAAAUAUUUUGACGAGAACGUAAUUUCACAAGAUGGAACGCCAGAACAUACAUAUGCCGAAGGUUCGUACGUGACUCUAGCAGAUAUAAUUAUAUUUGUUUGCACUCAUAUUUUAUUGAGUGUAUUUUCGAGCGAAACUACAAUGCAGCUUCUUCCAUUAACCGUUAAAUGGUAUAAAAGAAUGAUCGAAGAUCAAAUUAUAGUCGACUGCCUCGAGUGUUUGCCAUUAUUGAAGAGUCAAGAUAUGACUAAAUUCAAUUACACGUUUCCUGAUGUACCAAAUCAAAGUCUGUAUAAAAGUGAUCCGAAAAGAUAUAAACCGAAAAGUCGCGUUUAUACGAGACAAGAAGAUGUGGAGUACUCGUUGCGAUUGUUCAAAACCUUAAAUAUACAAACCAAACUCGACUUGGAACCAUUUGGUGCAGAAUUGAAUCUUGAUUGGUCUUCGGUACCGUAUGACGCUACCCCAGAAGGUGGUGCCUUACCACUCGCGCGCUUAAGAAGGAAACACGAACAGUUACAAAAUAUGUGUAAACCGGUGAUGAAAUUGGCAAAAACGGGAGAUGUAAUAGUAGACUUUUGUUCCGGCAGCGGUCACUUGGGUAUAUUAGUCGCGUACUUUCUGCCAUAUUGUACCGUUAUAUUAUUGGAGAAUAAAGAAAAAUCGCUGAACAGAGCCAAGGAAAGAGUGAACAAGUUAAAAUUAACGAACAUAAAAUUUUACCAAUGUAAUUUAGACUAUUUUAAAGGACACUUCGAUAUUGGCAUGUCGUUGCAUGCGUGUGGAGUUGCAACUGAUUUAGUCAUACAACAAUGCAUCAAAGAAAAAGCUAUUUUUGUGUGUUGUCCGUGUUGUUAUGGAUCAUUACAUAAUUGUCAUCAUUUAACGUACCCAAGGAGUAACAUUUUUAGGGAUGAAAUAGAUCAGGAAAGUUAUAUAAUUCUUAGUCAUGCUGCAGACCAAACACACGAUGAGAAAAAUGUUAAAACAAAUCAGGGAUACGAGUGCAUGGCUAUUAUCGAUACCGAUAGAAAGUUAUUGGCCGAGCAAUUUGGCUAUAGAGUGUAUCUUUCGAAAUUCAUACCGAACACGUGUACACCUAAAAACCAUAUAUUAGUAGGUAUUCCUAAAAAAGAAAUUGUAAACGUCGAAUGUGUAAGUUAAUUAAGUUACAUAUUCAUGAAUUCUGCAUUUUACAAUGAGAUGGGAAAUGAUGAUCAAUUUAAAAAUUAUUCUUGUUGGUCGAACGAUUUUUAAAUAAAAGCAUAUUUACUUACCUAAAAAA